AUGUUGAGAGAAGUAAGGAUGCGAAGUACAAUAACUGGUGUUCAAUUCGCAGCAUGGGGUGGUAUGUUCAGCACGAUCGAUUGCGGGCUGGUUGCUAUUCGAAAAAAGGAGGACCCGUUCAACUCGAUUGCUUCGGGCGGUCUGACUGGUGCCUUGUUAGCUAUCCGUAGCGGGCCAAAAGUAAUGGCAGGAUCGGCCAUACUUGGUGCGGUGAUUUUGGCCAUGAUUGAAGGCGUUGGCCUGAUAACUACUCGGUGGAUGGGCUCUAUGGUGGAUCCAACAGCACCUCCUCCGGAGGCUCUUGAUGACCCUAGGAAUUUACCUCCUCCCAAGAGUCACGCGGAGCCUGGUUUGCACGACAGUCACUCUACGAUGCCUUUUGGUCUACCAUCUGCACUUCCAAAUAUGUCUUAA